AACAUCAACUAGGAUAAUGCCGCCACUUACUUUCUUCCAUUUUCUCUUUACUUUAAAUGAACCUUUUGAAAAUGCAUAUUGGUGCUCGGCUUGCGGCUCCAACUUCAAAUUGCGAUUCAGAAGUCGGGAAAAGUCUAUAAAAAAUGGAGGUUUCCCACAUUAGUUCACAUCACCUUCCGAAUUCCACCAUUUUAAGACUCAGUGUUUAGAAGGUUGAGGCGUCAUGCUGGGAAGACAUUCUCGACUUCUGUCCGUCGCGUUUGCGACACUUGCGAUAUUCUCGUCAUCGGUUUGCGGCCUCGCGAUUGGAUCGGAGGGAAAGCGUCAAGAUGCGGGAUACCACUGGGUUGAUACAUGGACGAGCAUGCCACAGCUCGUAGAAUCGAGCAAUAUGCCUCCUUCGCCAUUCUCUUCAGGCUCCGUCCUCAAAGAUGCGACUCUCCGCCAAACCCUCCACAUGUCUGUUGGUGCCGAGAAGAUCAAAAUCGCCAUUUCCAACACCUUCGGUGGCUCCGAUCUCCCUAUCACCGAGGGGUCCGUUGGCCUUCCUACAGGUGGCGCCGCAGGCGUCUCUGGAAUCCAAGCAUCUCCACUAGCAGCAAUCACUGUUGGUGGAAAAGCGAGUUUUACAGUACCGAAAGGGCAGGUCGUAGUAUCCGAUGAGAUUGCAUUUCCGGUCAAAGCUCAGCAGAUGAUUACAGUAAGUCUGUAUAGCCAAGCUGGCCAGAGUGGAAGCAGUAUUACAGGCCAUCCGGGGAGUAGGACGACGAGUUUCUUUGUGAGUGGUAACAAGGUUAAUGCUACGACAAUGAGCGGGACGAGUUCUGUGCAUUGGUAUUUUGUUAGUGCGGUACAGGCUUAUGUGCCUGCGGACACGAAUGCUCUUAUUAUUUUGGGAGAUAGUAUCACUGAUGGACGAGGCAGUGAUGAUAAUAAGAAUAACCGCUGGCCCGAUCUCGUGCUCGCCCGCCUCCAAUCCUCAAACUACACCAACAUUGCCGUCUGUAACCAAGCCGCUGGUGGCAACCGCGUGCUCAAAGAAGGCCUCGGCCCGUCUCUCGUCUCGCGAUACCAACGCGAUGCGAUCACCCAGCCCGGCGUGAAAUUUGUCAUGAUCUUCGAAGGCGUCAACGACAUCGGCAACGAAGCCACCUCCAGCAGCUCUCAAAGCGCCGUCGGUGACGCCCUCAUCAAAGCCUUCCAGCAAAUCAUCUCCGACUCUAAAAAGGCCGGUCUCACCACCAUCGGCGCCACCAUAACACCCUUCAGCGCGCCCAGCGCCAGCCAGCAAAGUUACUCGUCCCCCGAGCGCGAGAAGACUCGACAGCGCGUCAACAAGUGGAUCCUCACACCGGGAAACUUCGACCACGUGGUGGAUUUUGGAGCGGUUGUGGAGAGUAAGAGUAGCCCGGGGCAGUUGGACAGUAAGUAUAAUGGGGGUGAUUAUUUGCAUCCGAAUGCGGCCGGUUAUAGGGCUAUGGCGGAUGCGUUUCCGAUCGAGGUUUUUAAGGGGUGAGUAGGAGGGGUUAGGUUGUAGUGUAUAUAGGAGAGAGCGAAGAGCUUAGUUUGAAUGUGAGGGG